GGGGGCCAGUUUGACUUGGAAAUGAACUUUAUCAUCCAAGAAGGAGAGGGCAUCACCUGCAUGGUAGACUUGCUGGACAAGUGUGACAUCACCUGCCAGGCUGAGGUGUGGAGCAUGUUUACAGCAAUCUUGAAGAAAAGUAUACGCAACCUACAAGCAUGCACAGAAGUGGGGCUUGUUGAACAAGUGCUCAAGAGGAUUGAUAGAGCUGACAACAUGAUUGCAGAUCUCUUAGUGGAUAUGCUGGGUGUGUUGGCUAGCUAUAACUUGACAGUUCGAGAGCUAAAGUUAUUCUUCAGCAAGCUUCAAGGAGAAAAAGGGAGAUGGCCACCACAUGCUGGGAAGUUAUUGUCUGUGUUAAAACACAUGCCUCAGAAGUAUGGACCUGAUGCCUUCUUCAACUUUCCAGGAAAAAGUGCUGCAGCUAUUGCCUUACCUCCUAUAGCCAAGUGGCCGUACCAGAAUGGGUUUACUUUCCACACUUGGCUAAGAAUGGAUCCUGUAAAUAAUAUCAAUGUGGAUAAGGAUAAGCCUUACUUAUAUUGUUUUCGAACAAACAAAGGACUUGGUUAUUCUGCUCACUUUGUUGGAGGCUGCUUGAUUGUAACAUCUGUAAAAUCAAAGGGAAAAGGUUUCCAGCAUUGUGUAAAAUUUGAUUUCAAGCCGCAAAAGUGGUAUAUGGUUACUAUAGUGCACAUCUAUAACCGCUGGAAAAAUAGUGAACUUCGAUGUUAUGUGAAUGGGGAGCUGGCGUCUUAUGGAGAAAUAACAUGGUUUGUCAACACCAGUGAUACAUUUGACAAAUGUUUCCUGGGUUCUUCAGAAACAGCAGAUGCCAAUCGAGUGUUUUGUGGGCAAAUGACUUCCAUUUACCUUUUUAGUGAGGCUCUGAAUGCUGCUCAGAUCUUUGCCAUUUAUCAGCUUGGUCUGGGAUAUAAGGGAACGUUCAAAUUCAAGGCAGAAAGUGAUCUCUUCCUUGCUGAACAUCACAAAUUGUUACUAUAUGAUGGCAAACUAUCCAGUGCUAUUGCUUUUAUGUACAAUCCAAGGGCUACAGAUGCACAGCUGUGUCUAGAGUCAUCACCUAAGGAUAACCCUUCUAUUUUUGUGCAUUCACCACAUGCCCUCAUGCUGCAGGAUGUGAAAGCAGUCUUAACGCAUUCUAUCCAAAGUGCUCUGCACUCCAUUGGAGGGGUGCAGGUACUUUUCCCUCUCUUUGCACAGUUAGACUAUAGGCAAUAUUCAUCGGACCACGUUGACACCACUGUUUGUUCUACUUUAUUGGCUUUCAUCAUGGAGUUGUUGAAGAACUCCAUUGCUAUGCAAGAACAGAUGCUUUCCUGUAAGGGCUUCCUUGUGAUAGGAUAUAGCUUAGAAAAGUCUUCCAAAGCCCACGUGACCCGAGCUGUACUAGAACUUUGCCUUGCCUUUUCGAAAUACCUGAGCAACUUACACAAUGGGGUACCGUUGCUGAAGCAGCUGUGUGAUCAUGUUCUCCUUAAUCCUGCAAUAUGGAUUCAUAUCCCAGCACAGGUUCAGCUGAUCCUGUACACUUACCUGUCUACUGAGUUCAUUGGCACUGUUAACAUAUAUGGUGCAAUCCGACGAGUUGGGACAGUUCUUUUGGUCAUGCAUACCCUAAAGUAUUAUUAUUGGGUAGUGAAUCCUCAGGAUCGCAGUGGUAUAACUCCCAAGGGCACAGAUGGGCCACGGCCUACUCAAAAAGAGAUUUUAUCUCUGCGAGCAUUCUUGCUGAUGUUCAUUAAACAGCUAGUGAUGAAGGACUAUGGAAUAAAAGAAGAAGAAUUGCAGGCUAUCCUGAAUUAUCUGCUCACUGUACAUGAGGAUGACAAUCUAAUGGAUGUCUUGCAGUUGCUUGUUGCUCUGAUGUCAGAGCAUCCCAGUUCUAUGAUCCCCGCUUUUGAUCAGAGGAAUGGAUUACAGGUUGUCUACAAGCUUUUGGCAUCGCAAAGUGAAGGCAUCAGGGUGCAAGCUCUAAAAGUGAUGGGAUAUUUCUUAAAGCAUCUUGCUCCAAAGAGAAAAGCUGAAGUCAUGCUUGGACAUGGAUUGUUCUCCUUGUUGGCUGAAAGGCUGAUGCUUCAGACAAGCUUAAUCACCAUGACCACAUACAAUGUCCUGUUUGAGAUUCUGACUGAACAGAUUUGCACUCAAGUGAUACAUAAACAACAUCCUGACCCAGAUUCAACAGUGAAGAUACAAAAUCCUCAGAUUUUGAAGGUUAUUGCAAUCCUGAUACGUAAUUCUCCACAGUGUCCAGAAACUCUGGAGGUUCGGCGAGCCUUUCUCUCAGAUAUGAUUAAACUUUUUAAUAACAGCAGAGAAAAUAGGAGGAGUUUGUUGCAGUGCUCUGUCUGGCAGGAGUGGAUGCUUUCCCUUUGCUGUUUUAGUCCAAAGACUUCUGAGGAGCAGAAGAUAACUGAGAUGGUGUAUACCAUAUUUCGAAUUUUGCUCUACCAUGCAAUCAAAUAUGAGUGGGGUGGCUGGCGUGUUUGGGUAGAUACGCUGUCGAUCACACAUUCAAAGGUAACUUUUGAAAUGCACAAAGAGACUCUUUCACAAAUGUACAGGGAGUACCAAGGGAAAGGUGGCGAAGGGAGUGGAACCUGUUCUUCAACUCCAAUUAGAACUAUCUCUGGAGUUAGCGAAGAAGCUGAAACCAAGGGAAAGCAACAACGUUUGGAGCUCAAAGAAGAUAUUACUGCUCCUUCCUGCAUUAUUGAUGAUGAUAUGGAGCACAAUACUGAAAAAAGAGAGACAAAUACCUCAUCAGAUGGUGACCCACAAACUCAUGCAGUGUCUAAUCAUAGGGAGGAGUUAGAGGGGGAAGACGGGGAGACUGCACAGGAUUUAAAAGCAGUGUCUUGUGCGGAAUUUUCUACAGAACCAGAAGCAGUAAAGCCCAGUGUUUCAGAAAUUAGUUCUGGAAUAGCUGAAGCAAUUGAAGAUUCUCUGAGCAAAGCUGACGAGUUUGUGGAAGAAACGGUAACUGUCACUGCUGCUUCUUUAGCAAUGCAAACUACUUUGGAAGGAGAAACUCCUGAAAGUCCAGAAAGACUGGAAAGAUCAACAGUGGAGGUGGAAGAUGAAGAUGGCUUUGUUGAUUUGAAAGGGGAAAGUAGUAUGCCUUUACCUUCAGAAGAGUUUGCAGAAACGAACAGGGAACAUAGCUCUAAUGAAAUUGAAAUGACAAAGCAGGAAAAAGCAAUAAAGAAACAAUCUGCACCUGUGCUUUUAAAAUCCGAAGAUACUGAAGGUGUGGAUGGGAAAAAACUAGAAUGGACUUCUUUACCGGAAACAGUGAGUUCUGCAGUUCAAGAAGCAGCGACUCAACCGGAUUCGAAAGGGAAAAAGAAGCUGCAGGAAGAAAAGUUUGGUUUUAGUGAAACCAAAACAGCAGAAGAAAAUGCAAAUACACAUGUGCCAGAGCCUGCUGGAGCCUCUGACAAAAGAAUCGCCAAGCUUGAUGUUUCUAGUGUUGCAUCAGAUACAGAAAGACUGGAACUGAAAGCUAACACAUGUCUAGAAGCACCUCUACCCUCCAGAUCCAUACCUGAGACUUCAAGGCAGCAAGAUUCAUCAGGACAAGAGCUAGCUGCUACAUCAGAUGGGCAGAGACGAGACACUAGGUCAACUGUGUUCCGUAUUCCUGAGUUUAAGUGGUCAUUGAUGCAUCAGCGCUUGCUUACGGACUUACUCUUUUCCAUAGAAACAGAUAUACAGAUGUGGAGAAGCCAUUCUACAAAAACUGUGAUGGACUUUGUGAAUAGCAGUGACAACGUCAUAUUUGUGCACAAUACGAUUCACCUCAUCUCUCAAGUGAUGGACAACAUGGUCAUGGCUUGUGGGGGUAUAUUGCCAUUGCUUUCUGCUGCCACAUCCGCUACUCAUGAAUUGGAGAAUAUUGAGCCAACUCAAGGACUUUCAGUAGAAGCAUCUUUAACAUUUCUCCAGAGAUUAAUCAACCUUGUGGAUGUGCUAAUUUUUGCAAGCUCUCUUGGUUUCACUGAAAUUGAGUCUGAGAAAAAUAUGUCAUCUGGAGGAAUUCUGCGACAAUGUCUUCGUCUGGUAUGUGCGGUAGCAGUAAGAAACUGUUUGGAGUGUCAGCAGCAUGCACAGAUGAAGCCUACUGGAGAGAUGGCGAAGAACCAAAAAACAGUGCAGGGGUUUAUAGGAACAGCAAAGUCUGCAGCAAAGAGUCCAGUGGACAUUGUUACUGGUGGCAUUUCUCCAAUACGAGACCAUGACAGGCUUCUGCAGGAUAUGGAUAUUAAUCGACUUCGAGCAGUAGUGUUCAGAGAUAUAGAGGAUAGUAAACAGGCUCAGUUUUUGGCUUUGGCUGUUGUAUAUUUUAUUUCCGUGCUCAUGGUUUCGAAAUACAGAGAUAUACUGGAACCCCAGAAUGAAAGACGGCCACCAAACCAUAGCCAGUCAUUCAAGGAAUCAGAGAAUGAAAAUAAUGAAACUCCUGCUACAGAUGUGGAAAACCCAUCUGCUGCUCUUGGUGCUUCAGCCUUCAUUGCAGAUUCAGAAAGUACAGCAUCUGUACAAAGAAGGGAUUCUGGUCUUGGGGAGGAACCGGCUUCAGGGCAAAAACCCAGUUCCAGUAGUGUUGCUGAAGCAGGACCUCCGAACGUCAGUGCAGGUCCAGAUGCAAUCAGUGAAGUACUAUGCACGCUCUCAUUAGAAGUAAAUAAGUCUGAGGAGGGCAGAAGCGAGACAGGAACUGAGGACAGUAAGCCUGAAGCUUCUGUACCGGCUGCAAAAAACGUCAAUGUAAAGGACAUCCUGAGAAGCUUGGUAAGCACGCCAGCUGAUGGGACUGCAGUGGAUGCUGGUCUUCUGCCACCAACCUACCUUGGAGUUCUUGGCGAUGGAGCUGCUGAGCAGCCUGUACAGUUCCAUUCCUUUGACAGGAGUGUCGUUGUACCACCAAAGAAAUCAACUAUUUCCUCUUCUACAGCUGCUAUGGGUAUUCCUACAAAUGCUGUCAGUGUGGUUUCUUCUUUAGAUUCAGCCCAAGCCCCGGAUUUGUCAGGAGAAUCUCCUGGAAGGGGAUCAUCUAAUUCAAAAUUGCCGUCUGUCCCUACAGUUUCUUCAGUACCUGAGGAUUCUGCUUCAAAUAUGAGUAUUACAGACAGGCUUGAACACGCUUUGGAAAAAGCUGCCCCACUUCUGAGAGAGAUUUUUGUGGAUUUUGCUCCAUUUCUUUCUCGGACUCUUUUGGGCAGCCAUGGGCAGGAGUUGCUGAUAGAAGGUACAAGUCUUGUGUGCAUGAAAUCUAGCAGUUCAGUUGUAGAGCUGGUGAUGCUUCUCUGCUCUCAG